ACCUUCACUCCCUCCUCACUUUUACCUAAAAGGCUAAAACCCAUCUCCCAAAAUCUGCCCAAAAUCAAACUCCACCACCACCACCACCAAAAUGAGUGUGCCUCCAGAAACCUUUACCCUCCUUCCCCUUUUCCACCCGGAAACCAAAACCCCGACCUAUUUUCAGUGAAUGUAGAGCAAAAAUCAGAGAAUCAAACACAAACCUUUCAUCUUACGAUUCUCACCUCACUUUUACCCAGAACCCAUCUGCAAGAACACAUCCCCCCCCCCCCCCCCCCCCCAAAAAAAAAAAAAUCCUCCAAAAUCACCCAUGAUUUGAUACAUCAACACCCUCCAAAUGGGUAUACCCUCAAAGCCCUUUACUCUCCUCUCUCUUCUCCUCCUCUUCUCUUCCAAUCUUGAGCUCAUCCCACUGUCUGAAUCUGCAACUGAUUACACCACUCUGGUUUACAAGGGCUGCGCCACACAGGCCUUGUCAGAUCCAACUGGGGUUUACUCUCAAGCCCUCUCAGCCCUCUUUGGGUCUCUGAUUUCUCAGUCAUCCAAGGCCAAAUUCUUCCAAACCACCACUGGAACUGGCAAGACCACCAUUUCUGGCCUAUUCCAGUGCAGGGGUGACCUAAGCAAUGUUGAUUGCUACAACUGUGUAAGUAAUCUCCCUAUACUCAUUGAUAAGCUAUGUGGGACCCCCAUUGCUGCAAGAAUGCAGCUCUUGGGUUGCUACAUGCUGUAUGAGAUUUCUGGGUUCACUCAAGUCUCUGGCUUGGAUAUGCUUUAUAAGGUCUGUAGUGGGAAAAACAGUCCUGGAAGUGGGUUUGAAGAGAAAAGGGACACUGCUUUGUCACAACUGGAGAAUGGGAUGGGUAGUGCUAGUAAUGGGUUUUAUGCAACAAGCUAUGGAAAUGUUUAUGCUUUGGGGCAAUGUGAGGGUGAUUUGGGAAGUUCAGAUUGUGGGGAUUGUGUGACUAGUGCUGUUCAGAGGUCUCAGGUUGAAUGUGGGAGCGCUAAUUCUGGCCAGGUUUAUCUUAGUAAGUGUUUUGUUACCUAUAGUUACUACCCAAAUGGGGUACCAAGCAGUUCAUCAUCGUCUGGUUCGGGUUCAUCAUCGUCCGGUUCGGGUUCUUCAUCAUCAUCAUCAUCCGGUUCGGGUUCUUCGUCUUCGUCGUCGUCAUCCGGUUCGGACUCAUCAUCACCUUCGUCGGCAUCUGAGUCAUCAUCUGGUUUUUCAUCUUCUCCAUCAGGUAAAAAUACACAAGAGACAGCGGCUAUUAUAAUAGGAGGUGCAGUUGGAGUGGGGUUUCUGGUCAUUUUCUUGAUGAUGGUAAAAAAUGCAAUGAAGAAGGGCAAACAUGAUGAUUAUUGAAUGUAGAAGAUGGGAUUGAAGAACCAAAGAUCUUUUUGAGACGGGUCUUGUUUUCCCUUUCUAUUUUCUCCUUCCAAAUUGUAGGUAGAGGAGCAAGGAGGGGAAAAUGGGGAAAUUUUGUUUUAGGUAAGAAAUAUUUGUGACAAAAGGGGAAAGAACUGAAGUGGCAUGAAAGUAAGAAUAUGUGACAAAGUUUUGAAAGAAGGAUAGGUGAAUUGCCCUUUGCCAGGAUGGAUGACUCAGAUUGUGCUCUACAUCCCUGUGGUGCACACAGGGACCCUGGUAUGGGGGAGGAAGAGCUUCAUGAUUAUUUUGGUCCCUUUUUUCCUCAUUUCCAUGUGGUUGUAUGUCUCUUUUUCCCUCUUUUCCGCAAUUAUGCUUCCUUGUUUUCUUGCCUACUUUUAUGCCUUUUCAAAAAGCACUCUCUUUCUCUUAAAGUUGGUAAUGAGUCUUGGAAGACAAUUUAGCCCUAAA